UAAAGCAAACAGACCACUCAUCGUAGACGUUUCGCGUCGAUCGCAUCUCGAUCGUCGUAAAUAUUCUUUAUCUCGAGGAUACAACGGUGUACAGACAUCAAAGUUAAAGUUGAAAACACAAAAUUAUCCCGCGAUAAGACCCCCCACGAGCAGCUGAAUGAGCAAGUUGAGAUAACCCAUCGCUGCCACUUGUCUUCUGUCCGGUUCAGUCUGCUUUGCUUCGCCUCCUAUACUGGUUAGGAUUUCGACCACGAGCACCAUGACCGAUCAAAGUAAGACGAGCAAAGUGAUCAAUUUCGGCGCCGGUCCGGCUAAACUGCCGCACGAGGUUCUGAAAGUCGUCCAGAAGGAACUGCUCUCCUACGGAAACAUUGGAAUCAGCAUCCUUGAAUUAAGCCAUCGGUCGAAUGACUUCCUAAAAGUUAUCAACGAUGCGCAGGCCACGCUGCGAGACAUCCUGAACGUGCCCGACAACUAUAAAAUCCUAUUUAUGCAAGGAGGCGGCACCGGAAUUUUCGCGGCAGUUCCUCUGAACAUUAUGAACACCGGCACCGCGGAUUAUUUAGUGACCGGAUCAUGGUCGGCGAGGGCGGCGCAGGAAGCUACCAAGUAUGGGAAGGUGAACAUGGUGUUGCCCAAAACGACGAAGUACACAGGAAUCCCGAAGCCGUCCACUUGGAACUUGGAUCCAAAUGCCUCAUACGUGUAUUAUUGUGCCAACGAAACUGUCCAUGGUAUCGAAUUUGAUUACAUUCCCGAGACGAACGGAAUACCGUUAGUCGCUGAUAUGUCAUCUAAUAUACUCUCGAUGCCCUUAGACAUAUCUAAGUUCACUGUGAUUUUCGCCGGCGCCCAGAAGAAUUUCGGUCCGGCUGGUGUUACUUUAGUGAUAGUACGAGACGAUAUGCUCGGUCGUGCCAUGAAAGUGUGCCCGACAAUAUUGAAUUUUACUAUCAUGGCAAAGGAAAAUUCUCUACACAACACCCCGCCAGUCUUUCAAAUAUAUGUAGUGGGUAUGGUAUUUGAGUGGAUUAAACGGAACGGUGGAGUCGAAGGUAUGCAAAUCUCCUCGAAGAAGAAAAGCGGCAUAAUAUACGAUGUGAUCGAUAAAUCUGGAGGUUUCUACAAAUGUCCCAUUAGUUUGGACGCGCGUAGUAGGAUGAACAUUCCGUUUGUAAUAAAAGACGACGAGGAGCUGGAAAAGGAAUUUCUUUCCGGUGCCGCAGCUUGCGGUAUGAUACAAUUAAAGGGUCACAGAUCUGUGGGUGGAAUACGCGUAUCUUUGUAUAAUGCAAUCACGGAGGAUGAAACGGAAACAUUAGCAAAUUACAUGAAAUCGUUUUACGAUAAGCAUUGCAAAGGAAAUGGAAAAUAAGUUUAUAUAUUUUGAACAAUAGAUAUAUAUCGUACUUCCUUGAAUAUAUUUUUUAAUACAUUCUAUUAAAAUUACUAUUAAAAUUUAAGAAAUCUUGCUUUGUCUAAUUGUUAGGGAACUAUUAUUUAUAAUCUAUUUUUUAAAUUGUUAUUUAUGAGAGUUCUAUAAAUAAUAUAUAAUUUUUGAACUUGAAAAUAAAGGUACAUUUCGACUAAA